GCCUCGGCGUGGGGGCCGCGGCGUGGGCGCCAGGAGGCUGGCCCGGGCUGGCUGCGCGCGACCGCGCAUGGCGGCCGCGGCGUGCCCGGGGGCGCCUCGCGGGCCUCCCGGGGGCGCCUCGGCCACCGAGGAGGACCUCCCCUUGGACGCCGCGGCGGCGCUGGAGGCGCGCGUCGUGGGCGCGGUGCGUGCGGAGCUGGAGCGGUGGCGCCUGCGGGUCCUCGCCGAGGUGGGCUGCUCGAGGCAGGCGUGCGCUCCCGCGGACGACCGCUGCGCGGGCGGCGCGGCCGCGGCGUGCGAGGGGGCGCCCGCGGAGCCCUGCGCGUCGCCGCGGGGGCUCGAGGCGCGCCUGGCCCUGGCCCGGCGCGACAUCGGCGCCCUCCGGCAGGACGUGUGCCAGCUGCGCGAGGCGUUGCGGAGCCAGGGUGCCCGCGUGGAGGAGCUCGCGGGGGGGCCGAGGUGCCGUCCAGUGGCUCGCUGCCGCCGGAGGGCGGGCGCGACACCGGGGGCGAGCUGGCGAGCAUCCGCGCGUCGCUGGAGCGGGUGCGGUCGGGCCUGCUGAGCGGGCGGAGGCCGGAGGGCGAGGCCCCACCGGGCCGGGCAGCCUCGCCGGCGGCGGCGCCAGCUCCCGCGAGCGCCGUUGCGAUCGCCCCAGAGACGGACGCGGCCGCGCGGACCCGGGCCCCCGCGGCCGACGCGGGCGGCACCUGCAGCGAGCCUCUGUCCGCCUCCGUGUCGCCGGUCGUGUGCGAGCGGCAGGUCCUCAGCGCGUCGCAGCCGUGCCUCGCCAGCGGCGGCCGGCUCCUCUCCAGCCCCCGGCCGGUGGUGCGCGGGACGGCGCAGCGGGCGGUGCAGGUCCGGGUCGUGGGCCCGGCGGGGAGCCCCGGGGUGCGCUACCCGACCUUCGUGAGCCCCCGCGGCGCGAGCACGCCGACGGUCGUCGCGUCCACGCUGGUACUGUCCGGCCCUCCUUAGUGCCCGUGGUGCCGCCACCCCGAGGGCGCUCCACGUGCGGGCGGGCGAUCCAGACGAGCGCGCCGCAGGCUCGGCGGGCGAGGAGUCUCGGCCGGGAGCCGUCGGCGCACGGGCGCACACGCCCCUGCGGCUCGGGCAGCUGGCGCCGAUGCCAGCCGUGCUGCGCGCGGAGCCCACCGCCAGCCCCCCCGCGCCAGUGGGUGGCUCCGCCGUGCCGGUGGUCUGGAGGAGCACCGGCGCGGCCAGCCCUGCCGCGGCCGUGGUCUGGAGGAGCCUGGGCGCCGCCACCCCGCCGGCCGUAUAGGUGGCGCGCCGCAGGCGGGCCGGCGUUGGCAGAGCCGCAGGGGGAGGGCGGGGCGCACUGA